AUGGCUAAGACAUCCAAAUCCACCAAGAAGUUUCAGUCGAAACACUUGAAGCACACAUUGGAGCACCGUAAGGAGGUCCAGAAGCACAACAAGAAGUUUGCUUCCAGAAAAAAGGGAAAGACUCAAGAUGAAGAGCCAAAGAAGCCCAAGGAAGUCUUUGAAGACAUGCCAGUAGAUGAAUUUUUCGAGAGUGGAUUCGAAGUUCCAAAGGAAAAGAAGAACAAGAACAAGCCAGUCGAAGAGUCCGAGGACGAGUCUUCUUCGGACGAAGAAGAUGCCGAAGGAAUGAAGGAGACCAUGAAGGGAUUGGCUGAAAACGAUCCUGAAUUCUACAAGUACUUGAAGAACAACGACGACCAGCUUUUAGAUUUCGAGGGUAUCAACCCAUUAGAUGCCAUGGAAGACAGUGACGAAGAGGAUGCCGAAGCUGACGAGGGAGAGUUGGAAGAUGAAGACGAAAAGCCCAAGAAGGCCACCGAUUCCAAAACCACCAUAACUUUGGAACUUGUCAGAAAGUGGAAGGCUGACCUUGAAAAGCCUACUGCUAAGCAAAUCAAGACCAUCGCUAUCGCAUUCAAGGCAGCAGUCAACAUCACCAACACCAAGACCGACGAAUACAAAUAUUCCAUCACCGAUCCUAAAGCAUUUUCUGAGUUGAUGGUCCUAGCAUUGAAGCAAUUGCCCCAAGCCAUCCAAAAGUUGAUCAAGUACAAAGUCAGUCCAAGCGGAGUCAGAAGCUUGCCACAAAAGAACCAGUGGUUGUCUCAAAUUUCUAGUAUACUUAAGUCCCAAGCUGGUUGUUACAUAACCUUGUUGAAGGAUAUCACCAAUACCGAGACUGCUUCGUUGAUUUUGGCAUCGUUGCAAGAAGUUUUCCCAUACUAUAUUUCAUACAGAAGAUUGCUCAAGGAGCUUUUGAACGCAGUUACCCAAGUAUGGUCUACUUCGAGAAGUUUGGACACUCAGAUUGCCACCUUUGCUUUCUUAAAUAACGUGGCCAAAGAAUUUCCAAAGUCCGUUUUGGAAACCAUCUUGAAGUCCACCUACUCUUCGUUUGUUAAGAACUGUCUUCAAACCAACGCCCACACCAUGGCUGGUAUCAACUUCUGCAAGAACUCCGCCAGUGAAUUAUUUGGUAUCAACCCUGUUCUUUCGUACCAAAUUGGAUUUGAGUACGUCAGACAGUUGGCUAUACAUUUAAGAGGUAGUAUAAAUGCCACUACGAAGAAGACUGCCAACUCUUCGCCCAAGGAUGCCCACAAAUUGAUCUACAACUGGCAAUACUGCCACUCGUUGGACUUCUGGUCAAGAGUGUUGAGUAUCCACUGUGCUGCCACAGAGCAAGGGGCUAAGAAGGCCGAAAACUCGUUGCACCAAUUGAUCUACCCAUUGGUUCAGGUCACCUUGGGAACCAUCAGAUUAAUUCCUACUGCUCAGUUUUUCCCAUUGAGAUUCUACCUCAUCAAGUCCUUGUUGAGAAUGUCCAAGACUACUGGAGUAUACAUUCCCGUUUUCCCAUUGCUCAGUGAGAUCUUGACCUCCACCAUUUUCACCAAGCCAAUUGCUUCCAAGAAGUCUAACCUUCAAGAAUUUGAUUUCGAGCACAAUAUCAAGGUCUCUGCCGGUUAUUUGAACACCAGAACCUACCAACAAGGUUUGGAGGAGCACUUUGUUGAGUUGACCGCCGAGUUCUUCAACAUUUAUGCCAAAAGCAUUGCAUUCCCAGAGUUGGCAACUCCAUCCAUCUUGAUCCUCAGAAGAUUCACUAAGAAGUCGAAGAACAUCAAGUUCAACAAGCAGUUGCAACAAUUGGUUGAAAAAUUGAAUGCCAACUCCACUUUCAUUUUGCAGAAGAGAUCCAACGUCGAGUAUGGUCCUUCCAACAAGUCUGAAGUCGAACUGUUCUUGAAGGACUUAGAUAGUACCAAGACUCCAUUGGGUCAAUACGUCAGUGUUCAAAGACAAGUGAAGGAAGAGAAGCUCAGAUUGUUAAGAGAGGCAAUGGCUGACGAAGAAGCCGCUAGAAAGGAGCAAAAGGAACAAGAGGAUGACGAAGACGUUGAAAUGGAAGUGGAAGAGGACGAAGAUGAAGAAGAGGAGGAUGAAGAGUAA